ACCAUUACAGCUGUGAUGAUGAAACAGUAAAGAAGAACCGCCUCUAAGUCAAAAAGUGCACCCAGAGAUAAGAUUCAUUUUCAAUGCCCUUGCAGCUGCUCCUGAUGGCACGGCCACUGCACUUCUCACAUCUGCCGUGUGCCUGUCACUGAGCUAGGUGCUGGGGCUGCAGCCAAACGCACAGAGACGAUGGAUCUGGUCCCGGCCCUCUGCUACUGAGCAUGGUCAUUGGAAACAAGAGGAUUGCCAGAGGCAGGAUGCGAUAUCAUGGCGCCUGCAUUACUCAUUCUGUUGUGGGCUACGGUGAUACCAAGAGCAGACUUACUUCCUGAUAAAAAAUCUUUACUUCUCCCACCUACCAACUUCACCAUCAAAGUUAUUGGUCUAGCCCAAGUUCUUUUACACUGGGAACCAAAUCCUGAUCAAGAGCCAAAGAAUGUCGAGCUAGGCUAUCGCGUGAGAAUAAAUGUUCCGCAAGAAGAAGAUUAUGAAACCAGAAACACUGAAAGCAAACGCGUAACCGUUCUUCAUCAAGGCUUUUCAGCAAGUGUGCAGACCAUCCCAUGGAAUGGCCACUCCCUCCUGGCAAGCGACUGGGUUUCUGCUGAGCUUAAAGCCCCACCGGGGUCUCCUGGAACCUCGAUUGUGAAUUUAACGUGUACUACGAACACCACGUUAAAUAACUAUAAUCCCUUAAGGCCAUUCCAAGUUUCUCUUUACUGUACCUGGCUGGUUGGCAAGGAAGCCCCUGAGGAUACGCACUAUUCCCUCUACUAUAGGUUUGGCUCCUCAACCGAAGAAUGCCAGGAGUAUAAGAAAGAUACACUGAAGAGAAAUAUUGCAUGCUGGUUUCCGAGGACUUUUAUCAGUAGCAGAGGGAGUGACUGGCUGGCAGUGCAUGCUAAUGGCUCCAGCAAGCGUGCUACAAUCAAGCCUUUUGAUCAGCUAUUUGCUCUGCAUGCAAUUGAUCGAAUUAAUCCUCCAGUGAAUGUCACAGCAGAGAUUGAAGGAACCUGUCUUUCUAUUCAGUGGGAGAAACCCAUUUCUGCCUUUCCAGUUCACUGCUUUGAAUAUGAAGUGAAAAUUUACAACACAAGGAAAAAUUAUUUUCAGACAGAAAAAAUGACAACGAAUACAUUCAUCUCGAUAAUUGAUGAUAUUUCUAAGUAUUCCAUUCAAGUGAGAGCAGCAGUGAGUUCCGUGUGCAGACAGAUGGGGUUUUGGAGUGAGUGGAGCCAACCUAUAUAUGUGGGACAUGAUGAUCAGAAGCUCUCCACAGAAUGGUUUCUAGUUGUGCUUAUGGCAACCAUCUGCUUCCUCGUGUUAAUUUUCACCCUCAUCUGUAAAAUAGGUCACUUAUGGACCAAGUUGUUUCCACCGGUUCCGGCACCAAAAAACAGUAUUAAGGAUUUCUUUGAAAUCGUCAGCCCUGAGAAAACAGUUUCCAGUGAAACAGAAAUUGAAGUCAUAAGUUAUGUGGAAGAACCUGGACUUGAGACCCUGGAAGAUUCCGUGUUUUGAUUGGCACUGGAACGUUCUCAAAAGUGAACUCACACUCACAUGCCUCAGUGAUAAGAAGAACGGGAACUGUUGUUUCCUGGCAAAGAAGAGUUCCGAAUUUACUGAACGCUCAGUUUAGCUGCAAGGCAAUGCAGCCAGACAGAUCUCUUGAAAGCGUGGAUGCCUCCUCAAAAACUCCUUGCUCGCUCAGUGUGAUUGCUCAACCUGACCAUUCUGCCAGGUCUUUCCUUCCCCCUCUGCAGGGCACCUACUCCUCCCUUGCCAAUCUUUGCGAUUUACAUUACUUACCUCAAACUUCUGUGCAAGACACAGUUUUUAAGGCCGACGUCAACUGGCAGGGAAGGUUGUAGAGCUGAAGCUACCAAUGGUAAUACUCAACUGAAAUAUCCACAAGGAAGCACUCUGCCCCAGCCUGGAGUUCAUUACGAGCGCAGAGUCAAGGCUGUCUUUCCUAGAGCAAGUGGGACCCGUGGUGUUUUGUUUUGUUUUGUUUUUUUCCCCCCUGAGUUCUAGAAUACUUUUUCUUUCAAGUAGUGUGUGUGGGGUGGGGGACCAUCUACAGAUAUGAUUGAGGAAGCACGAUUUGAGGCAAACUCAUUAAAAAACGAAGAGCUAACAUAUCACUCCAUACCAAAGCAAAGAA